GCCGUCAGAAGCUGUCAUUCCGCAACAAAACUUUUGCCAGAAACUCAACAAAGCUCGGGAGGUGUAAAUUUCUUCGUGGAAAAGUGCAUUUAACCCGCUGCAUUUCGCGUAAAACGGCCCCCGGACCCUUGGUGCAGCCGUGGGCGAUGCUUUUGUGGCCGUAAAGCAUGCAGCAAACCGUGUGCAACGUUUCCCAUGAUUGCGGGUCGUAGUUGGUGGUAGAAGAUGCCUGACGUCACGCACAGGUCGACGACGACGGCUAUGCUGUUCCUUGGUAGACAUGUGCUUCGUAAACACUGCGCCUAGAGCGAUCAACUGCCGGCAAACAGUGCAAUAAGUGCAUUUACUCGAGCAUACAGCAUUUUCGCGAAGAAAGUGUUUACAACAGUCGAAACAGGAAGAACUUUUAUUGCCCGCUAAGGAGCAGAUCAAAUCGUAGUGAAUAAGUGUGUGUGUGUGUCCUUUAGAGCAGGGCAUAGUCACGUGACUACGGUACGAAACCUGGGAUGAACAUGGACGAUAAAAACUCGACCGGAAGUGGGGGAGGAGGCGGAAGCAGUAGCACUGGGGGUGGAAGUGGCGGAGGCGGUGGCGGUGGCGAAACGAAAGUGAUCUAUCACAUCGAUGAUGAAACGACACCGUACCUAGUGAAGAUACCGCUACCUGCGCCGCAGGUGACGCUGAAGGACUUUAAGCUGGUUCUGAACAAGCAAAACAUCAACUACAAAUACUUUUUCAAAUCGAUGGACGCGGAUUUUGGUGUAGUGAAGGAGGAAAUUGCGGACGAUGCAACAAUACUGCCCUGCUUCAAUGGAAAGGUCGUGUCGUGGCUGGUGACGGCGGACGGUUCCAAUCAGUCCGACUGUUCCGAGCUGCAGCCGACGGAGAUGAUUGAUGGGCGGCCAACGCUGGCCCAGCUGCGCAGCAUGAACAAACCCACGAUGAACAACAUGAUGAAUAUGCCGAUGAAUCCGCUCACCUACCAGUCGGCUUCGGUCGUGUCGAGUGAUCUCGACUCGACCAGUCUGUUCGAAACGGAGAGCGAAAUUACGCUCGAUCGUGAUAUGACGGAGUGCAGCAGCGUACAGCGGUUGCAGGUGCGCAAGAAGCCGCAGCGACGCAAAAAGCGCGCACCGUCCAUGUCACGCACCUCGUCCUACAGCUCGAUUACCGAUUCGACCAUGUCGCUCAAUAUCAUCACAGUGCAGAUCAACAUGGACACGGUGAACUUCCUGGGCAUCUCCAUCGUGGGGCAGUCGAACCGGGGCGGCGAUGGUGGCAUCUACGUGGGCAGCAUCAUGAAGGGCGGUGCGGUCGCACUCGAUGGACGAAUCGAGCCGGGUGACAUGAUCCUGCAGGUGAACGAUGUCAACUUUGAGAACAUGACCAACGACGAAGCGGUUCGGGUGUUGCGCGAGGUUGUGCAGAAGCCCGGCCCGAUCAAACUAGUGGUGGCCAAAUGCUGGGAUCCAAACCCGAAGGGAUACUUUACGAUCCCGCGCACCGAACCGGUUCGGCCGAUCGAUCCGGGCGCGUGGGUGGCACAUACGGCAGCGCUGCGCUCGCAGGACACGAUCAACACCGAUCUGCCGGAAUCGGUACUUGAGCGCUUGCACGCCGAUAUGGACAUGAAGGAUAUUGUACGUGCAAUGACAAAGCCCGACAGUGGGCUCGAGAUUCGUGACCGGAUGUGGCUCAAGAUCACCAUUCCGAAUGCGUUUAUCGGCGCGGACGUUGUCAACUGGAUACUGGAGCACGUGGACGGUAUCGGAGACCGCAGGGAGGCCCGCAAGUACGUCUCGCUAAUGCUGAGGCGCGGCUACAUCAAGCACACCGUCAACAAGCUAACGUUCUCGGAGCAGUGCUACUACGUCGUCGGCAAUGGCAUCCGCCAGGACAUCUCGAACAUGUCGCUCGAGGACACGGAAAGCAUGCUGAGCGACAUCGCGCCACUGCCCAAUCCGCCGAUCUACAUGACGUACUCUGGCAACUACAACCCGUCGCAUGGCUACCAACCGAUCCAGUACGGAUGCACCGGGGAGCGGCAUCCGUCGUCCGGGUCGAGCAGCUCCGACAUUCUUACCAGCAAGGACACGUCGGCCUCGCAGAGCGACCUGGCAGCCGUCAUACAGCAGACCAACCAGAUGACGAUCGCAAACGCAUCGAACAAAUCGUCCGGAUCAUCGAACCGCGGUAAUGAGCAAGACAUUUCAGCUACACUUCGUUUUGGUGAAGGAAACAGCAGCGGAGUUUUGAGCUAUUUAUGAUUUGCUUUCAUUUCGAUUCUUUUUCAAAUAAUUUAACAAACGCGAAACAAAACGAAAAACAAACGGAACACACGUAUGUCCCACCACCACCACCACCACCAUCACCACCAAACACCACCAACACCACCUACCACCGUCUUCACCACCAACAAAAAACAACACAACUUUCAACGAUAAUAAUGAACCAAUUUUCAUCAUUUACCACCGAACCACCCCACAAACAAACAAACACCCAAAAACAAAACCCGCACCGAAUGUAAAAUACGGACUUGCAAACGUUUUGCCAAAACGAAAUGCAUUUAAAAUUAAUAUUGUUGCGGGUGUGUGUGUGUGUGUGUGUGUGUGUGACUACCAACAACGACUGCCACCACCAACCUGUGUCCUACCUUGCCUGGCCUCGGCUCAACGCGGCGCCGCUCAUCCUUAUUUUACAAACGAUUAUCCCGAACCUGAACCAACCUCGUUUUCUCGUUUUACCAUCACAUUGUUAUCCAUAUACCGUUUGGUGGUGUGCCAUUUCGUUUGGCGUGGUGGCAACAUUGCAUGGCAUUGCAGACUUUAAGACAACGAGAUUAGGCAGCGGAGGCAUCGGCGGCAAGCUGAUCAGCACGAAGGACGACGAGGGGUACGAGGACAGCAUCUACUUCCAGCAUCAGCCGAUGCAGCCCACUUUGCAGCAGCAACAGCAUCAACUUCAGCAUCAGCAAUCGUUCGGUCGAAACGGUAGUGGCCGAAAGGAAUCGGGACACAUAUACAACAAUCAGUAGGGCAUAUAUAGAGCAGCAGCAGUGAUGAGAGCGGUCGUGCUUGUGUGUGGGUGAGAAGUGGGAGGGGGGGGGGGGGGUGGUAGGUGUUUGUUUACGGCAAGAUAUGGUCCUUCUGCCGAUUGCUUGGCUUCCGGUGUGAAGUAUAAGCCAAAAAUGCCAGAACUGCGCACAUUCAAAUAUACAAACACACACAUUAUGCCACAAGAGUGCGGGGAGGGAUUUUGGGGCAGAAAACAUCGCACUCCCCCACCCGUUUAGAGUAAAAUGAGAGAAGCCGUGGGAAGAACAUUGUAUGGGGGCCCGCGACGGACGGCGACAUUCGUCGGCCGGUUGCGCGGGUGUGUACGGCAAGCACUCACUAUAUUCAAACUAUUGGAAAAGCAGGGAAAAACACUGAGCAUAAGUUAGCAAACAGAGGAAAAUUCGCUAAACUCUACACAUAAGCGCUAGCCGUACACGUGUGUGGCGGCGGCUUGGCAUCGUAGUGAAAGUUAAGGAAAGUUGUAUGCCAAGGUGUGCGAAAAAUGCACGGCUGUCGGCAGGAGACGAUGUCCUCAUAAAACGUGGACGAGAGAUUGCAAAUAUGCACAGCGACAAGGAACGGAACAUUGACAAUGUUCAUAACGGGAAGCAGGGAUUGGAUACUAGCUACCACACUAGAGCAUUUUUGUAGGGACACCUUCUUUGCUUACCUAUUUGUUUUACGUAUCGCUUUUAACACAUAGUUGUUUUGCUUUUUUCUUCGUUUAUUUUGGCUAAUAACGAAACUGCGACAAAAGCGGCGUGGAAUGAGAUUGUUCUUUAUAACAUGUUCGUCGUUUUGCGCCAUCCUUCAGUUUUCUUCAGUUUUCCUGUAGUUAGGGACUUAUUCUUUGCUACAUUUGUUACAAAGUUUAUUUGGUCGGUUGCUUUGUGUUUUCCUGCUUUAUCUAUCUUCAUUGAGAUUUUAUCGUUGUAUGUAACGCCUUUUUACACCACAAAAACGACAAUUUUACGUUCGCUUCCGAAACCAUUGUAAAUGUGUUUAUUAUUACGAUUAUUAUUAAUUAUAUUAUAUUAUGAUUAUUUUGCAAAACAUCAAUUAUUUUAGAAGGCAAAAAUAUAUAUACAUAUUUUACAAAACGGAAAACGUUAGAGUAUUUAUACCGGAACUGAUGCUAAGCUAUAUAUUGGGAGUCGUAAUGGCGGGAAUUUAAUCUUAAACAAAGGCGUAAAAAAUGAUACAUACAGUUAGUAUGAGUGAAACAUGAAACAGAUACACGCAAAACAAACUAUAAGUUUAAGCAAAUUAUACGAACGGGACGGGAGGAGCAGAACCUAUAAAGGAAACCUAAAACUGAAUACACAAUUUACGAUUAGAUUGAACCAACUCACUUGUAAACGUGAACCGUGAAUAUAGCCGAGAAGAUUGUUCGGUGCGCUGCAAUGGAAUCGGAAAAAGUAGUCAGUAUGUGUCAGUAAUUGGUGUGAACAAUCGAUGUACGUACACCCGCACGAUGCAUUCGACGGGCACAGUCAUAUUUGGUUCUGUGAAAUCGUUCUGCGUUCUCGAUACAAGCCGCCAACAUUUGCAUUUAUAUGUUUAUCAGGUGUGCCCGGCCAAAAAAAAAACGAAGGCAGGGGGGGCGAAGUAGCAAUUGUGAAAACAAAUGUGGCCAAAAGUAAUUUCUACAUACGUAACUCCACGUGCCCAUCGUUUGGUGCGUUUUGCGUGAUGAAUGUGCCCGCCUCGGGACGCAAUUUGGAAUGCAUCUAGAGCAUGAUGCCAGAGUGGUUACGUGUAAAGGUUAACCGACGAAAAUCCGAUGAUAUACGAAUUUAUUGUACGGCGAGGUAUCGUAGCAAGCAGUCAUCAAAGAACUAACACAAAAUGUGACCAUAGGGCAAAACUUACUAUGUGGAAAUCCGAUGUGUGAAUCAUUGGGUUUCGAUGAAGAAGUGGUAACGUGCGCAUGGGUUUACAAAGGAAUGAAAAUGUGAAUGGUCCUAAGUAGAGAGAGAUGUGCAUGAGUGUAAACGUGAAUGCCGGAUGAUGCAGGAAGAUUAAUGCAAAAUAAUAAAAUGCAUGAAAUACUUGAACUUGUAAA